GCCAGGCCUGGCCCGAGGCUCCAGCCCCCCGGGGCGCAUCAGCCAGUCCUGUCCCAGCCCCUGGGCCCGGGAGGCUGCUGCCACCACGGCAGGACGUCCAGGCCUCCCACCCUCCUCGCAGGCCUCCACCCCUCUGGUCGACGGGCUGCCUGGCCGCCAUGCGCCUGCCGAGGGCUGCCUCCUCCUGCGGCCUGGCCUGGGGGCCACUCAUACUGGGCCUCUGCGGGCUCCUGGCAGCCUCCCAGCCCCGACUGGUGCCCCCCUAUCGCACGGAUAACCAAACCUGCCGGGACCGGGAAGAAGAGUACUACGAGCCCAAGCAUCAGGCCUGCUGCUCCCGCUGCCCCCCAGGCAUGCACGUCUCAUCUGAAUGUAGCCGCAGCCAAGACACAGUUUGUGCCAUGUGCCCUGAAAAUUCCUACAACGAGCACUGGAACCAUCUCUCCAUCUGCCAGCUGUGCCGCCCCUGUGACCAGAUGCUGGGCUUCAAGGAGACUGCGCCUUGCACUAGAAAACAGAAAACCCAGUGCCGCUGCCAGCCAGGAAUGUUCUGUGUCCUUUGGGACCCUGAGUGUGUACACUGCGAGCCACUCUCUGACUGCCCACCUGGCACGGAAGCUGAGCUCAAAGGUCAGAGGUCACCAAGAGCAGAGGACGGAGCUGGGGAGGCUAACAGCAACUGUGUUCCCUGUAAGGCAGGGCACUUCCAGAACGCCUCCUCCCCCAGUGCCCGCUGCCAGCCUCACACCCGGUGUGAGGACCAGGGCCUGGUGGAAGCAGCUCCAGGAACCGCCCAGAUGGACACCAGCUGCAGAAAUCCACCAGAGCCCCCCGAGAUGCCAGCAGGAACCAUGCUGGUGCUGGCCGUCCUGCUGCCUCUGGUCUCCUUCCUGUUCCUUACCACUGUGCUUGCCUGCACCUGGAAGAGCCACCCCUCUCUCUGCAGAAAGCUGGGAUCCCUGCUCAAGAGGCGUCCAGAGGGAGAGGAAUCAAAUAUGGAUCAUGGCAGCUGGGAGCCCCCAAGGGUGAACCCACAUUUCCCUGACCUGGUCGAGCCGCUUCUGCCCUUCUCUGGGGACAUGCCCCCCACCUUGGCUGGGCUCCCCACGACCCCAGUUUUGGAGGACGAGGUGCUACAGCAGCAGAGUCCUCUGAACCAGGCCAGAGAGCUGGAGGCAGAGCUCCCAGAGCAAAACCAGGUGGCCCACGGUACCAACGGCAUUCAUGUCACCGGCGGGUCUGUGACUGUCACUGGCAAUAUCUACAUCUACAAUGGGCCAGUGCUGGGGGGGUCCCAGAGCCCUGGAGACCCCCCUGCUGCACCCGAGCCUCCAUACCCUGUCCCUGAAGUGGGUGCCCCUGGCCCUCCCGGGCUCUCUACACCCUACCAGGAAGACGGCAAAGCUUGGCACCUGGCUGAGACAGAGACACUGGGGUGCCACGCCCUCUAACAGGGCCAAAGACCCUCUGUAUCACCCAUGCCUGAUGGUGUCUGGGAACGGCCAGGAGAGGGGAGGCACAACAUCCCCUUCUCCCUGAGGCUGCCCUACCCCCACAGGAUUGCCAACGGGCCUGGGUAGGGCUCCUGAGAGGUACCCCAGGGGCCAGGCCUCAGACAGGUCUCCAAGAGCAGGGCCAGGCACUGGCUGGGCACAGUGUGCGCCAGGGACUCUUACCAUCACCUGAGCAUGCCUGGGACUUCACUGCAGAGCCCCUGUGCACUGGGGCUGCACCAGCUCAGCGUCGGGCACGGACAGGGCAUACAUACCAAGCACCUGCCAACCCCCCGUGGCACUCCGCACCCUCGGCACGGCACAGAGGGGUGCCAGCCACGUGGUCACUUGCUGGACAAUGCUGGGACCUCUAAUGGAUUCGCAUGGUGCUCGUGCCAAACUUCAGAGGGCCUGGGAGGGCCCACACUUCACGUGGCCUGAGGUGGACCUGAUACCAUGCAGGUGGAGCUACAUGGAGGACCACCCCACCCCUUCCCUCCCAGAGAGGACAGUGAGUCACUAAAAGCCAGGGAGAAGGGAGUUACUAGUAAAAGGGGGAGUUGUGGAGGGGGAAGAGAGUGGCAAGUAUAUUUAUAAAUUGUAGCCACAUGCAAAUAAAGAAGAGAUUGAGCCUUA